AACCCAGACCUUCUUGCUGUGAGGCGUCAGCCCUAACCACUACACCACCGUGCUGCCUUGCCGUGGACCAAACGAACUAAAUUCAACAUGGCUAAAAAAUGAAUAGUCCGAUAAGUAUAAUAUUUAAUUGCAAUUAGUUGCCAAUACGAGUCACGAUAUAAGGUUACUAAAACUGAAAACGUAAUUGAAUAACACGUUAAUUAAGAAAUAAAGCAAGUUUAAAAAUGACUUUAGUUCUUUAAAGCAAGUGUAGGCAAUUUUUUUAGAAGCUUUUUUGUUAUAUUUCUUGAAACGCUCUUUACUUUCUGACAGCAGUGAAUAAAUUACAUGCUCUGAGGGGGGAAAAAAUUUGUCAUCUGUGGAAGUCGAGGGCUGUAGAAAAUUUGUCCAAUCAUUUAAUUUGGGCCAACCUGCCACCUGCGUGCUUUCUUCCUGUGCACUCAUUGUGCGUGACUGGAGUCUCCCACAGACAUGUUGCUAAAGCUUGUCGACUACUAAAAUAUAGCCAUGCUUGUUGUUUACAUUCGUUAUUAUAAUCUUAGGUGUUUCCUUCCAUGUGAAUGAGACAUGAGGUAGUUGGAUAUGACAGUGAUGCACUACACUUCUCUCUCGUGGACUUGUCCUCCAGCAGUAGUCAGGCAGUGCGCGUUCAUGUGUUUUGGAAGAGUGUCUUUGGAGGGAGACCCAAUGGGAGGGAUUGGAUACUUUCAGAAUCUAGCUUUCUCUUGCUGGUUUCUCCAACAUUACCUACCCGAGCUUUAAUCUAGAUAUCUCGAAUGAUACCCGCAUGAAACCCUCAGUCAGAUCACAUUUGAUGUUUUCUGAUUCGGUCCACUAAUUUGACACAUCUUGCAAAUGAACAGACUACAUACACUGCCAUAAUGCCUGUGAUGUCUCACAUCUGGUAUUGACUGAUGCUGGUAUCAAAGUUCUCAGCCCUGUGCAAGUAUCUUGCACAUUGGUUUUCCUGCUUUGUCACACCUGAACUCGGCUAAUGCAGGGUGUGCCAAAGCAGGAAAAAUGCUAAAAGAUGCAAGACUCUGGGUAUUCUAGGUCAGGUUUGGGAUCCUGUGAUGUAUGAAAUGAGGAAGAAGUGGGUUUGAUGCAUCCUCAGUAUGGAAUGAUUUAAAAGAAGAAACAUUUCUCUGCCGAAUGAAUGUUUGCAUUCUCUUCUCUUCUAACAUCCUCUCGCUCUUCUAGCCAGGCCAUGUCUUUAAAGAUGGAGCUGGAUGUCAGCGGAGUGUCCCGGGCCCCUGUGUCCGUGUUACCUGCUGCUGAGGUCAAAGCCACGCUAAAGCCCGAGGUAGAGAAACCGCGCUGCUCCAGCACGCCCUGCUCACCCAUCAAAAGUACUGUCUCAGGAUACCAGAUCCUCCACAUGAACUCGAACUACCUGGUGGGCUUCACCACUGGUGAAGAGCUUCUCAAACUGGCCCACAAGUGGUCCGGGCCAGAGAAGAGCAGCACAGAGGCGCUGCCUGGUGCCAUCCAGAAAGAUUUAGGGACGCACCGCACUUCACGCGUUUACAAAACCAAAAGCCGUUACUACCAACCUUACGACAUCCCUGCCAUUAACGGGCGACGCAGAAGGCGAAUGCCGAGCUCAGGUGACGCCUGCUUCAGAUCUCCAGCGGCCGGGGAGAGCAGUAAGGCCCUGCAUGGCUCGCUGCCCCUCUGCCUGCUCAAGGCCAAGCGUGCACACUCUAAAUCUCUGGACUACCUCAACCUGGACAAGAUGAGUCUCAGCGAGCCGGCCGACACCGACGUGCUGCAGUACCAGCUCCAGCACCUGACGCUUCGUGCCGAGCGCAUCUUCACCAGGAACAAAACAUGAGCGGAAGAAAUCGGGCCACUCGCACCCACAGCCAGGCCUGACACACCCUGGAAACUGGCUGCUGUUUUUGGGCCUUGGGUUUCUCCAGUCAGAUCAUAGGCAGUUCCUGUAGUAAAAGGCACCCAUAGGCCAAUAAUCUCGUUAUUUUAAGAACUGUUUGUUAACCAGAAGGUUCAGUGAGGUCCAGCUAACUUAAACUUUAACCUGUGAACAAAAAGUGAAGUUGUUUUAAUAACGUGUGUAUGUGUGUGUGAAAUGAAGGAUGAGAAUGAGUUUGUUCAGGAUUAGCAAUAAACUAUAUGCUUAACAGUUGCUACUACUGUACAUGUGUGUGUACGUCUGUGCUGAGGUCAAAAUGCCUCUUUUGCAGAAAAUGUACCUAUAACCUGCACUAGAUCGUACUGUUAGACAUCUGGAUAUGAUUUUUUUUUUUAAUUAAAAAAAAAACAGUUUGGCAUAGCUCACGGUUAUGUUCUUGUAACGUUAGCCUUUUAGCAUUAGCAUCUUCGCACCCGUAGAUGUGUCCGUAGGUGAGCUCUGCACUCAUUUGCCUGUCAGUUGGGCAAAACUCUCUUUAAAAAAAAAAUAAAAAUUCAGACUGUUACACAACAUUAUUUAAUAUAGUUGGGGUGAUGACGCUGAUCUUCACUAGCGCUAAGAUUAGUGCCUCACAUACACACUAUUAAUCCGUUUUCUAGUUUCUCAAGCUGGCAAAUCGUCCAAACGUUCACACUGAGUCAUCCAGCAUGGUUAUUAUUUACGUCAUAAAUGAAGGACGUACGUGGACAGCGGGAAGGUUUAUGUUGAUCCAUUCGCAUGGGAUUAUUACUAUUAUUUUUUUUUAUUUAAGUUUUUUUGUAUGCUCGUGCACAGCAUUGCUACUAAAACAAACCAAAGGAUGAACUUUGGCUGUCCUGGGGAAAACUUGAUUGAUAAUGCGAUUAUAAUAAUUAUUAUUAUUAUUUUAUUCUUUGUGCAACAACAUCUGACAAUCGAAUUUUACCCAAUAAUCCAGACAGUUAUAAUAUAAACCAUUACUCAUAUAUUUUUAGUGCAUUGUAUUUCUCAUGUCACGUUUCUUAUUGUGUCUCAUACUCUUAAAAUAUUUAUUGAUGAUUACUAGUAACAUCACAAACACCACAACAGGUAAUAGUAGGAAUCUGAUGCACUGGUUUGAGUGAUAUGUUUUUUUGUUUUGUUUUUUUUGUCUUCCUCACCAAAUUUUUUUUUUAUGACCAGCUUUUUCAUCUAAGUCUAUGGUUUGAUCAAAUCACACUGUAUACUCUGUGUUUUUAGAGCUUUUAUAAUCCCCUAAAACUACACUGAUAUUGUUUGUUUUGAGGGAUUACACUUAAAAAAAAAAUUGACAAUUGUCUUAAUACUAAAUUGAUACACCUUUCCUUAAUGUGGUGUAAUAGUUUAACCCUACAAUCAUAUUAUUAUAUCUUUUAUUUUUAUUUUUUUUCCCAGAUGAGGCAAGGGCUGUUUAGUGGAUGAUUUGUCUGAUGCCAUGCCACUUUUUCCCUUCAUGCGAAUAGGUUUGAGUAUAACGGAGUGUCAUGUUUCUGGUUUUAUCUUCAAUUCCUUGAUCAGUUCUGUCCCCUUUGAUUGAAAUGUCACGCACUUCUUUUUUCCCUUCAAUUUUUGUCUACUUUUGUGUGUUAAUUAGUAAUAUGUUGUAUAAAUAUGCUCAGCACCUUAGAUUCACAGAUAUUGGUGAUUUAUAUUGGUCAUGUUUUCUUGUCUUGACUGAACUGCAUAACAUCUUGUUUACAUAUUGGCUGUUUUAUUUUAAGGCUGUAAUGCUGUUAUGGGUUUGUGUUUAUUCCUCUUUUUUAAUAUUAAUGAAUUUUGAUCAAAGCGUGCCAUGAAUGUAAUGGAUAAAGAGUGCUGUCGUGAUAUGUAUCUCAUAUAUUUGGAAGGUAGAAAUAAUUUCCGUGACUCAGGACUGAGCCAGACUAUUUCUUUUAUGUAUCAGUACAGUAACACUGGGACAUCGACCUACUCCUCGUUUUCAGCUCGUGUAAACCCGCAGGCGUUUUUGCUCUUUUUAGUGUUCAGUACGAAACACUAAGACAAAAGGAAUAAUUUAAUAGGAGCAAUGUGACUUACUAUUAAAAUAUUAAUAGUGUAAGCUUAAUAUUGUUUGUCUUACUAAGGCUAUUGCCAUAGUGUAACAGUCCUGAAGGCUAAAAUGAAACCUUUUCACCAUUACGCUGUUUGUGAUCGAACACUUUUUACUGUUCUUGCAACACCAUCCCAUAUUAGCCUGCUGUACUGUUUUGCUCCUUGUGUGUGAAUGUGAUUUCAGAUCAGAUCUGAUGAUGAACUAAUCUUCGCCUCACAGCGCUUCUCUGCGAGGUGUACAGACACAAGGAGCCGUGCUAGGUCCCAGUGCCUUGAGCUCUAGAUAAAUGACAUACGGCACAUUGUAUGUCAGUCUUUUCUGCUGAUUAACACUGCUACAUUAACCAGCUAGUAUGUUUACAUCCUUAGGGUGAACAAUGUUAAUCUGUAUUCUGUAAACUGACUGCAUUUCAAUUUCCUUGUCCUGCUGAGUGUGUGUUUGUGUGAUUCUGCAAUGCUUUCAUCUGUAUUAAGUUUAACCUUACACUUACCAUGAUUAAAACACUACGUUGCA